AAAACAUUGGCAUUCAGCGUGUUCGCUCCCAGAGUGCCAUGGUCGCAUUUCAAGACCUCUUGGCGCAAGUGUCUGCAGCGCAUGAGGCAGAUGUGGCAGAGCUGCGGGAGCAAGUGGCGCAGCUGCAGCACAGGCACGAUGGGUGCUGCGCCGGAAACAGCGCGGCGGCUUCCGACGGCGACAGAGUAGAAUCUUGCCAAUGCAGUGACUAUGAGCUCGACGAGGAAGCGCAGCAUCCAUCCCCACUGUGUGUACCGGAAGCGUUGCACCGUGCACCUUCUAUACUUGUACCCGAGGAGUGGCACAUGGAGCCGAUCAUCAAGGUCUUCGGGACAGAGGUCAGGAAUCUUGGCCUGCGAAUCCUGUGGAACAACGCCAGGCCAGUCAUCCAACAUGUUGAGCAGGGUGCUGCAGCACAGGAGGUUGGCAUUUGCGGAGGAGACUAUUUACAGGCGAUCAAUGGUACGGACACCCUUGGCCGUUCUCGAGAGGAGCUGCUGCCGCUGCUUCGGGUCAGGCCUUUGACCCUGGAGCUGCAGCGGAAGGUCGCCAGUCCAUCCACAUCCUUGAACUUCGGGCAGCGCCACAGCAGCAUGCCCAUGUACUCUUCUAUUCAGAGCAGUCGAUCUCCGGUCGCUGCUUCAGCACGACACGAGAAUACCAAGGCCAAGCUUCUGGCCAUUAAAGAGAAGUACGUCUCGGAAGAUACGAUCAAUAACCGGUACCCGGCGCUGAACGAGGAGGCCACGCAGGGCAACCACACGCCGGUCUCGACCAAGUCUGUGAAGAUUUGCCCUCGCAGUCCACUCAGCCCCCGCAAUAUCAGCGACCGCAACCUGAGCAAGACCUCAGGAGAACCAAAGUCCAGCGAGGGCACGGCGUCCUACCUGGGAAUGCGGCGCUUCAUCACCGCUCGCAAGGAGUCCACGGCCUCCGUGGCGCACGUGGCCAUCGGGAACUUCAAGAUCUCUUUCCACGAGGACGGCCACUCUCAACACUCAUCCUGCAGGUCUAUGGGGGCCAUGCUGCAUUCAACGCUCAAGUGGUGGUCGCAUUUGGAGGAACCAGAGCGAACCACUUGCGCUGCGAAAUUGUUGGAGUCUAGAGUUUUCUUCACAUUAUCAUCCACGGUGAUCCUCAUGCACGCGGUGGUUGUGACCAUGUCAUCCGACUGGGAGGUGAGCACCUUGAAUGGCUCGGGCGGCGACGCAAGCCUUUUCUCCCCGGACAUGUUCACCUACCUGGAGAUGGGCUUUCUUGCCUUCUAUGCCCUGGAGCUCAGCCUCCGACUGUGGGUGCACAGAUGCUUCUUCUUUGUCGCAGAAGGUGCAGGUUGGAAUUGGUUCGAUUUUGUGCUGGUCUCGUUAUCUGCAAUAGACGUCGGGUUUUUCAUCGUCCAGAUGAACACUGUCGCCCAGGCAGAGAACGGAGGCGGAAACGUGUCUUUCAUGCGGCUCUUCCGCCUCUUCAAGAUCACUAAGAUCUUGCGGACCAUCCGCAUCAUCAAGGUGUUCCGUGAGCUUUCGAUGAUGGUGGAAAGCUUCUACAAGUGCAUCGUGGCGAUGUUUUGGGGACUGGUACUCCUGGUCUUUUUGCUCUACAUAUUUGCGUUAGUCUUCGUCAGCGGAGUCACCGAUUUGCUGUAUGACCCCAUGCUCACUGAGGAAGAGCGACAGGUCAUUGUCGAGCAGUUUGGCUCCGUGGUGGAUAGCAUGCUGUCACUUUACAUGGCCGUAACAGGCGGAAACGACUGGGCCGUAUACUACGACACCGUGAGAAGGUGCGGUACCUUCUACAACAUCUUGUUUCUUCUCUACUCCUUCUUCUUCGUGUUCGCUCUUUUCAACAUAAUGACGGGCGUGUUCGUUGAACGGGCAAUGCAGGCUGCGAUUCCUGACCGAGAUGAGAUGAUAUAUGAGGAGCAGAAGAAACUGGCAAAGCAGGUUGAAGACUUCAAAGGGCUGUGCAAUCAGCUGGACACGGAUGGCUCAGGUACCAUCACAAAAGCGGAGUUCAAGAAACACAUGAGAAGUGAACAAAUGGUGUCAUACAUGUCCAGUGUCGGCUUGGAGAUGCACGACGUCGAGCACUUCUUCCGUACGGUGGCCGGGGAGGACCAAGAGGUGAGCAUCGACCGCUUCGUGGAGGGAUGCAUGGCCAUGCGGGGCAAUGCAACAUCCCUGGACGUGCAGCGGGCGCUCUUCGAGUGCAAAAAUCUUGCGUCAGACUUCACCGCAUACCGCAAAGAGAUGCGCGAGAGCAUCAUCCAGGUGCAGAAGGCGCUGGUGAUGGGGAGCCCGGUGAAGGAGCUGAAGGAGAACAAGGAGCACAAGGAAACGAAGGCGGAUUUGAAGGAGCUGAAGGCGAAGGAAGUGCAGCCAGUCAUCCAGCGGAGAUUAUCACUUGACAUGGACAACGUGCCUAGCUUUAGUGGAGAACCAUAAGCGCGCCAGAGAUGCGUUUUGCAGGCUGGACAUGGCAAAAGAGAGAGAGAGAGAGCAUGCUGACACUAUUGUAGCCUGCUUCACCAUAGAUUCUCCUUCCGUCAGCGCUUGCACUAUUUGGAAACGUCGCCCUGUUCUGACUGUGGUCAGUUUUGCGAGGGCGCCGGAGGCGCCAUGCAUGCGUCCGAUACGGGCGGGAUCCUAGUUCUGUAAUCCCUUCCCCCUAGUAAAGGUCUCCCAAC